GUAAACUGUCGCCUGGCCCUGGUCACUGUGUAGCUUUUUGUGAGGCGACAUCCCAUCUCCCGAAGUUGCAGCACUUUAAAUACAACGUAGAACAGGUAAAAAGAACAGAAAUCCAACGCAGAACGAACAGGAAAUGGAAUUUGCAACACAGGCUAAAGUUUUUUGGAACUUUGAACUUCAAUAACACAGACACAUCACAAUAACAUACAUCAUAAUAACAAGCAUGUCCAGCCCAUCACAAUCCUCAGAUCAAAGGACUUCAUCUACAUGGACAAGAAUCAAACACAUAUCUAGUGUGGUCAUAAUUAAAAACCAAAAGAUACCAGAUCUUGCAAUAUGCUGAACAAUAUCAAGUCCAUGGUGAUAAAUAGAGCUGUCUUUAUUAUCAUGUGCCUCGUCAACGGCUCUGACAACCUCCAGGAGUCAUGUCCAUAGCUGAUCCACCAGCGCCGGCCGUGGCGGGUAGUGGCCUCGGUUAUGGUAUUGCCAUAGCUGUUAGCAUCCUCGUCCUCAUUUCUACUAUAAUGCUUGCUUCUUAUGCUUGCAUAAAGGUUAAAGGUAAUGGUUUCGGCCGUAACAGCAGUAGCGAUAGUGGUGUCAGUGAUGGUUAUGGGCCUCACCGGCAUUUCACCACCAGGGAUUCGAUAGAGCUUAUGCCGGUGGUGGUGGUGGGCCUAGAUGAGCCCAUUAUAGAGUCGUACCCUAAGAUGGUGUUAGGCGACAGCCGGAGGUUACCCAAGCCCAAUGAAGGCCCAUGCUCCAUAUGCUUGUCUGAUUACCUGCCCAAGGAUACCAUACGGUGUAUUCCAUAUUGUAAUCACUGUUUCCAUGCUGACUGUAUUGAUGGAUGGCUUAAGAUGAAUGCCACGUGUCCGUUGUGUAGGAAUUCCCCAGCUCCGUCGAAGGAUUCCACGCCUGUUGCUACUCCUCUGGCUGAGGUUGUGCCGUUGGCCUUCCAUGCCAGGUGAUUUUGUAAUGAAAAUAUUUCUUCCACUCUCAAUUUUUUAAGCUUAAUUAUUCUAUCCUUCAA